AUGUCCUCAACACCACCAUCCCCGUCCCUCGCGCAGGGCCCAGCAGCCCCCAAAUCCGCGCCCCCAAUCCACGUCCUCCCAAACAACAUCUCAAAAACCUACGCCCUCAUUCACCCCGUCCUCCUCCUCGCGCUGCUCGCCCUCCGCUUCAAUGCCCUCGUCGCAGACCCCGUCGCCGAGCUGCUCAGCAACCUCCCCUUCCUGGCCCUGCUGCAGGUCACCUUCGUCAUGACCUGUCUUCCACCCGCGGGGUCCGUAAAAGACGAAGACGACAAAUCCACCAGCGCCAGUUCAUCCUCGAACACAGGUUCAACCUCCGGUGUGGUCCUCAAACCAGGCAAAAUCGGGCUGCGACGCAAAAACACCCCAAAGUCGGAUUCGGGGGCCCUGUCCGCUAAGCUUCUUGUACGUCUUAUAUCCCCUCAAUAA